GCCGGGAAAGCGCCCCGGCCGGCGGCGCUUCCCGAGGGCGAUGGGGCCGGCCCUGGGGGCCGGGGGCUGCCGUGAGGCCCGCGCGCCGUCCCUCCAAGGCGGCCCGCGGCCGAUGGGGCCGGGCCGGGCGGGGCCCAUGCGCAGCUCGGUGGCGGCGCCCGACUGCUGCGGGGGCCUCGGCAACCUGGACUUCAGGAAGGCGGACCUCCACGUCAUGGCCCAGCUGCUGGGCUGCGUGGACCCCUCGGAGCCCCGCUUCGUGGCCGCAGUCCUCACCAUCGCUUUCAACCCGCUCUUCUGGAACGUGGUCGCGAGAUGGGAGCACAAGACCCGCAAGCUCAGCAGGGCCUUCGGGUCCCCCCGGCUGGCCUGCCACGUCCUGGGCGCCGCCAUCCUGCUGCUCAACGUGCUGCGCUCGCACUGCUUCACGCAGGCCAUGCUGAGCCAGCCCAGGAUGCAGAGCCUGGAGCACCCCCUGGCCUACCGCGUGGGCGUGGCGCUCCUGGGGGUGGGCGGCACGUUUGUCCUUUCCAGUUUCCUGGCCCUGGGCUUCACCGGCACCUUCCUAGGUGACUACUUCGGGAUCCUCAAGGAGGCCAGGGUGACCACGUUCCCCUUCAGCGUCCUGGACAACCCCAUGUACUGGGGCAGCACGGCCGCCUACCUGGGCUGGGCCGUCAUGCACGCCAGCCCCGCCGGCCUGCUGCUGACCGUGGUGGUGGCCCUCAUCUACUCAGUCGCCGUGCUGUACGAGGAGCCCUUCACCGCGGAGAUCUACCGGCAGAAAGCCCCGCAGGCGCGCAGGAGGAGCUGACGGCGGCCGAGCGCGUGCCCUGGAGCGGAGAGCCGUGUCCGGCGCGGGCCGUCCGUGCCUGGGAAACGCGGCUGGGGGGCUGCGGGGCGCCGUCUGGCCCCAGAGCCCCCUGUCCUGCCGCCUACCGCGUCCUGACUGACCAAUAAAGGCGCCUGGCCCCA